UGAGUAUGAGUUACACUGACAGGUGAUGUACCCUUUUUUCUUUUUUUUUUCGUGUGCAAUGUAAUAUUCUCAUGUUAUUGCUACUUAAUAGAACUGUAUGCUGUAAAGUUACAUUCUGACUACGUAGAUAAAGCGUAAUGUUAAUACGUAGUGGCACAACGUUAUGACAUUACCAAAUCAUUAGUACCAUGUCACUGCAUACUACGUUUGCUGGGACAUAAUUACACUUUUACAGUGAUUUGCUAAAGUUGCAUGAUAUAUGAUGCUCACCUAACUAAUGUCGACAUUUUUCCAGUGCCAGUGUUUUAUGACCAAUAACAUAUAUCUUCAAACUUAUAAUCUUCAUGUAGACUAUAGGAACAGUGAACAGUUCUGGAAAGACUAUGGUCAAUCUUUAAAGAGUAUGGGAUGCUGCUCUGAAACUGACAGAAGAAAAGUUACAGAAGAGAUUCAGAAUGAAUUACAGAGACGUUCAACACUUGACGUGGAUUCCCAUAAAAGGAAACAAAUCAUCAAAGAAACCUACAGACCUCUUUAUCCUCAUCUAUAUAAAUUAAAGGAAGACUUCUUCCAUCCAGAGUUUCUCCAUUUAGUUGACCAGUGUAUAACCAGCCAGUCCUUGAUGUCUGUACAGCAAUAUCUUCACACUAUUUCUGAAGAGAAGUCAAUCUUUAUGUUUCCAGUCUUCACAGAGGAAUUUUGUACACAGUUUCUUGAAGAGUUGGUCAAUUUUGAACAAUCACUUCUACCUAAAGGAAAACCCAAUACAAUGAACAAUUAUGGAGUUUUACUGAAUGAAUUGGGAUUUUAUGAAGAUUUUCUUAAUCCUUUGAGAAUCCACUAUUUACAACCAAUAACAAAACUUCUGUUCCCAAAAGAAGGUGGUGGUAACCUUGACUCGCAGAAGGGCUUCACUGUCAAGUACAAGGUUGGAGAAGAUGUUGAUCUUGGUUAUCAUUAUGAUAAUGCUGAGGUCACCCUGAAUGUUUGCUUGGGAUCCAACUUCACAGGGGGAGAGUUGUACUUUGGUGACAUGAAAACUGUUCCUCUUUGGAAGACCACCUGUUCUACUGUGGAACAGCAACCUUAUUGUGGAAUCUUGCACAGGGGUCAGCAACUGCAUGGGGCACUUCCAGUCACCAGUGGAGAGAGACAUAAUUUAGUGAUCUGGAUGAGAUCUUCUUCAAUUCGGAAUCGCUUAUGUCCAAUGUGUGACCGGAUUCCCAUUUUAGUGCCUGCUGAGGCCUAUGGUGAUGGUUUUACCCAGGAAAGGCAAACCGUGGAUGUUUGUGGUGUUUUCUAACACAAAUCUGUCUGUAUUGGCUCUUGUUAUAAAACAUUCUUUUUUAAAAACUUGUUCGAAGUUGUUAACAGUUUAAUUUGAUCAUCUCUUUUAUACAAACAGAGCUUUGUUAACUACUCUGCCAAAUGUUUGGACAAUACUGUACAGCACCAGUUUUUAAUUUCAGUUUGAGAUAGUUAGAUAUACAUUGUUAUGUAUAUUUCAUGUUCUUAAUCUUUUAAAAAAUAACUGACACAGUAACCAGAUAUAAGACAUUUUAUAUAACAAGCAAGUUCACAAAUAUUUUGAAUAAAUAUUCUACUGG